GAUUUCCGAUUGAGAAUGUAGUUGAAACUAGCCCGCUCACUAGAACGUGGGAACUAACUAACGAUGGGGAUGUGGACACCCGAUGAAAUUGCUCUUCUAUGCUACGACCAUUUCAACGCGUUACCCAAGCGAGGAAAGCCUGACCCGGGAAGGGAGUGGACCUUGCUAGCCGCUGUAGUCGAAGUGACCGUGUCCCCUUGCCAUUCCACGGCUAAAAAAGAGGUGGUGUCUCUUGGAACUGGUACCAAAUGUAUCGGGCGUUCAGCUAUGAGCUCAAAGGGAGAUGUGCUGAAUGACAGCCACGCAGAGGUGAUUGCCAGACGGGGCUGUGUUAGGUACCUGAUGGAGCAGCUGCGCCGGGCUGCGUGCGGCGAGGGCAGCUCUGUGUUCACUCACGCAGACGAGGGCAGCUGGAGGCUCCUUCCUGGGGUGUCCUUCCUCUUCUUCACCAGUCACACUCCCUGUGGAGAUGCCUCUAUCAUUCCCAUGAUGACUGACAGUCAAUCCCAACCCUGCCCACCAAUUACAAGAGACGACCCCUCUGAAGUAACCAAUCAGGUCGCAGAAGGAGGAGCUCUGAAGCGCAGAAACGAGGAGCCGGGCGAGAGAACCAAAAAGCUCCCACGAUUAGAGGUGGAGACGUUAGACAAGGUCGAGAGCGGUGUGGGAUGUGCUGACUCGGAACGGCGAGAGCAGCGAGACGUUUCCAUGGUCAAUCCGCUACCCCAUCCUGCCAGCGCCGAGGCCCCAGUGGGCCCAGACAUCCAUCGGACUGGGGCCAAGUGUGUCCCUGGAGGCCCAGCAGACCCCCUCCAGCCCGGGGCUGGGUACCACCUCACGGGGGGCCUCCGGGUGAAGCCUGGUCGUGGAGAGCCCACCCUGUCUCUCUCCUGCAGUGACAAGUUAGCUCGCUGGGCGGUGCUGGGGUUCCAGGGCGCACUUCUCACCCACUAUCUGCAGGGGGCGCUGUACUUCAGUGCUGUGGUUGUAGGGAGUUGUCCUUACAGUUCUGAGGCCAUGCACCGAGCCUUGGUGACCAGGUGUUCCAUGGUGACCGGCCUGCCUGAGGGCUUCAGCUUCCGGCCUCCAGAGCUGCAGCAGUCCAGCCUGGAGUUCCCUCACAGCCAGGCAAAGAGCAGCCACCUGGCUACACAGGGCCACAUCUCUCCCUGCGGAGCUGCUAUAAGUUGGUGUCUUGUCCAGGACCAGCCACUAGAUGUCACCGCUAAUGGUUAUAAACAUGGUGUCACCAAGAAGGCUCUGGGCACUGUCAAAGCUAGGUCUCUGAUCUCGAAGGUGGAACUGUUCCACUCCUUCCUGGCUCUUCAGGCUGCAACCCAACUGCUCCAACUCCCACCUACCCUCAGAGGGAAGGAGCUCCAGACAUACUGGGACUAUAAGGAGGCGGCUGGUUCCUACCAGGAUGCCUGGCACCUGCUCCGCUGUCAGGCCUUCCCUCUGUGGCCCCGUAGUGACCGCAACCUGCUGAUGUUCAACUGAAAUCAACUCUGACCCCAGCGACCGCAACCUGCUGCUGUUCAAACUGAAAACACAUGUUCUGCCUCCCAGGAAGGACAGCUGCUUGUCUUGGCUGGACCUGCUCGGGCCUGGAUGAGAUGGAUCGUCAUGUUGAGGAUCUUUUCUGUACCCAGGGCCUACAGUAGUGCAGAGGCCCUGAGGAUGGUACCCAGAGCAAGCUGGUCAGCUGUAGUGACUAUGAGAGUUAGAAUGCCAGAAUGUGAUAAGAUCCCAUCUGAACAAUGGUGUCACUGUUGGUCUGGCUCACAUAGGGAGACUAGCCUAUAAGCAUGUACUCACUACUGAACAACUUUGGGCAUGCAUGUGGCAUGAUCACUGUCUCAGGAUAACAUAUUCUGUACAGAUUCGUGUGCUGAAUGCAUGCAUCAAUAAGUCAAUAAAGAAACAGAUUUAUAGUU